AUGUCGCACAAUGAAUCCAAUGAGAACGAGGCCCUUGUCCGUGUGCGCCUCAACCAGUUUCUUGGAUUGACACUUGGCUUUGCCAAGGAGCUUCAUAUUGUCAAGGAGCAGCCAGAGGAAAAGGCUCUGUCCUGGGGUUACGAAGCCCCCCUCCGGAGUGUUGCGCGGGUUGGGCGAAAGUCGAAGACGUUGUCCGGGCGCCCCGAUUAUGCCCUGUGGUACGGGGACGAGGUAGCCUUGGAGACCAACCUGGUCAUUGUAGAGGCCAAGACCAGCCUGACCAUCGGCGCGGGCGAAAAGCAGCUCCUUGCAUACAUGGGUCUCGUCCAUUCGGGCCGGAAGGAGCUCAAGAAGCACGACAUCACCGUCCAUGGCAUCCUGACGGACAGCCGGGCAUUCCACUUCUACCGCAUCGUGGUCAAAGCAUACCAUGCAUUGGGGUCAGGAUACCAAUUUGGAUACCACCAUUAUACGCCUCCUCCCUACGAUCAUGAACAAGGCAUCCGACCAUACCCUACUGCUACAGGUCGGGCGAGUAUGAUGAGCGGAGGUCGACAGAGCAUGAUGAGUGGCAAAACCUUGACGGACAAGGGCAGCACCUUGAUGGAGAAGGUUGCCACUGGGACGAAGGACCGGGAUACGGAGAUGCGGGAUGUAAUGUGA